AUGGCGAUACGCUACGAGGCCGACGGUGGUCGCACCGGCGGCAAGGUCGGACUGCUGAGCUGGCCUGCGGCUGACGCCAGUAGUAGCCAGGAGCAUCGCGUCCUCCUCUGCGUCUCAUGCAGAGUCGGGAUUCGGCCAGACGACGGCAUACGACUACACUUCUGGCGGACGCACCGUGUCAAGGGCGAGGCACUACGCCAGAUCGUCGACUACAGCUACGCCGCCGAGCCAAUCGCGAAUCCUCACACCGUACCACUACCAACCGACGGAUCACCCCAGAUAGAGCAGCUGCUGGCCAUCGACGGCUUUAGCUGCUCAGACUGCCGUUUCCUAACGACGAGCCGGAAACUAAUCAGGGUCCACCGCUCGCAGGCGGGACACGACCAUACGACCAGCUGCCGUGGCAGUAACAGCGGCUGGAAUGAGGUACGGCUCCAGACCCUGUCGCCGAGGAGCUAUGCCCGGUACUGGGUAGUCGAGCAAGGACAUGCCGGAACGGCCAGCUUAGAUGCCGCCGGCUCUACUUCUACUUCCUCGCAGCAUAUAUUAAACGAACGCCUCGCAAGCUACGAAGCAAGGCUAGCUACCGAGCUAGCGGAAGUGCGGCGUACAGUCGCUAUUAUCAGGGCAGUCGGUUCCCCAUCUUGUGCAAGUCUGCGUCUCUAG